CGCUCAGUCCUGCGCCCCUUAAAAGAAACUAUAAGACCCGAUGCUGGACGUGAUAUGACAGUAUCACUGUUCUUCAAACCGCGCUGGGUCGACUCUGUGAUGUACUUGUAUGAUAACAAGUUGGAUGAGGUUAACAAGAAUAGCGGCGUGAUGGAAGGGUUUGUGAGUGCGGGGAAUUUCUCUGCGAACCAGUGCAGGAAUCUGAUGGCCCACUCAGCACUCGGACCUCAUCCUUCACCUCUGGUUCACGGCACUGGCUACUCGGCCGUCGACGUCUCGGGCCCCGGGGUGGUGGAACCCGGCAAACAAUGCGCCCCUUGUCCGGUGCCCCAGGCCUCCAGCGCUCCUCCUUUACCGUACGGGUAUUUCGGCAGCGGUUACUACUCCUGUCGAACAGGUCGGAGCUCCAUCAAACCGUGCACCCAGCCUGCCGCGCUCUCCGGUUACCCGGGGGACAAGUACAUGGACAGCCCACUGCCCCCCGAUGAGUACACAGGACGGCCUAAGGAAUUCACCUUCUACCACGGCUAUGCGAGUCCCUACCAGCCAGUGCCAAGUUACUUGGACGUUUCUGUCGUCCAGACUAUCAGCGGCGCGGGAGAGCCGAGGCACGAAGCCUUGCUUCCCAUGGACGGCUACCAGCCCUGGUCUCUGAACGGAUGGAACAGUCAGAUGUACUGUUCGAAGGAACCUGCGCAGCCGGGGCAUCUAUGGAAAUCCACGCUUGCAGCAGAUGUCUCUGCCCAUCAGCAGGACGGCAGCUCCUUCCGCCGCGGGAGGAAGAAGAGGAUUCCUUACACCAAGGUCCAGCUGAAAGAACUGGAGAGGGAGUACGCAACGAACAAAUUCAUCACGAAGGACAAGCGAAGGAAGAUCUCGGCCGCCACGAGCCUGAGCGAGCGGCAGAUCACCAUCUGGUUUCAGAACAGGAGAGUGAAGGAGAAGAAAGUAAUCGCCAAAGUAAAAUCCAACACACCUUAAUUUCUCUGUACCUUUUUUUAGCAUCGGAGAAUCAAGCCUAUUCACCGGGAUUCAUGCAUCACUACGGCCCUAGAGACAUUGGUGGCCUGGGGGUUUAUAUGAACAUAACGUUCGUGGAGCUUUGCCUGCUGGUUGCCAUUUUCGGAGCCGUAGUGGAGGAUUUGUUAUGGGAGAACAUUUUAAAAACAAAAGGACUGAACUACAUGGUUAGGGUGUAAAUAUAAUUAUAGAAAUGCUGUAACCAUACCCGCGUCGAUGCUUUUACCCCCUAUUUUGCGCUAGUGAAGGAAACACGUGUCUUAAUGUAGAAGUGCGUUUUAACAUAGAGUUGCAUUUUUUAAAAAAACCUUUUUGAUUCUUGGCUGCAUAAUCCCCGUUCUGAAGCAAAACCAGUCGAGGGAAAAUAUGAAUGGAACCGGUUUUGCGGCUGCGUUUGUUCGAAGAACGUUUCCGCACGGUUUGUUCCCGUAUCCUGUACCCAUUUAAUGUUAACCAAGCAAAGUUAUAGCAAGUGAGAUAACCCGGUGGUGUAGUGUUUGGAAGAUAGGCAUAAUGCGGCGGCUUUACUUAUUUCACAGCACCGGGAUU